AUGAAUAAACAACAACAACAAGAGAUACCUUGGACACUUCAGAGGAAGAUUGUUGAGAUAUUAUUAAAGGAUGAGGUGAUGCCCUUACUAUGGAGACUUAGUCUUGGUUGCGUCUCUCGUAGAUACUUUCAAUAUGUUACCGAACUGGUUGACUUUCAACAUGGAUGUGAUGAUGUUGUACAGGCUAUUAUCAAACCAGGCAGCACUCUAGAGGACAUGAUCGAACAUGUGAAGAGACCUCUAUGUCCCGUGAAGAACAUACAUGUCAAGGUUACACCUUUUGGCAAUUGGUGGCAGAGUGUCAACUGUGUACUCGACAACCUUCGAGAGUUGGUCAUUGGACCAAUGUUAGAUAUGUGGGAGGCUGAUGAUCAGAACAUAAGGAUAAAGGACAUACCCGUGUUGGAGACCCUGCCAUCAUGGCUGCCUCCAACUUGCUCGCUCAGUCUGGUCGAUAGCCUUGCCCCAUUUAAUCACCCUCUGAUGUCAAGACUCAACAUACUAUCAAUCUCCAUCUCAGAGGUGCAUCAGCUUACGAUCUUGGAUGAGCUGGCCACCGUCAUCAUGAGCACACCAAUCAAACUUAGCAUCGAGAGUGGUUUGAGGUCUGAGUUGCUGACCACAAUCAUCAAGCACCCGUCACUCGUGGCGAGGAUGACUGAGCUCAAGAUCAAUGGCUAUUGGCUUCCAAAUAGCCACGGUCGAUACAGUGAAUGGGACCACCACUCCAUGACAGCACUUGGCCGCUUACACAACCUUGAGAAGCUGUCAAUCAUUCAAGCCAUCACAGAUCACCAUGAAGCAUUUCACACAUCACUCGAGUCGCUCGUAUCCCUGACCUUCCUUCAUUUUCACUUGGACAAGAGUCAUCCGCCCAUCGCAGAGCUGGUCGCAUCAAUGUCACGAAAUCAUCGCUUGCGCAGUGUCAGCACCAAUCAUUAUGCUUUACAAGAUGUCAAGACUCCAUUGCACUUUGAUUUGGAUCACAUGACUUUGAUGGGAUUCUCUAGAUUUGGAAGUGAUCAUCAGCUGGCCCCAUUAGCACCUCAGACACGUAUCCAUAACCUCACGCUCUAUCAAGAGAACAACAAACUUUUUGAUCGAUACAUUCGCGAAUGUCAAUCAAUCGACAUACUCAGAAUGCAAUCGAUUGUAUACUUGGACUUCAAACUCAUCCAGUCCAACCAAUGUAUUCGCUCACUAAUGGUUAGCAUUGUUAAAGAUAUUAUAAUCGAUCCUAUCGGAUGGUUGAAGGAGCUGGCCGCACACCCAUCACUAGUCAACAUUACAUUCGACUAUAGUCGACAUGAAGACCUCAGCUAUCUAUUCAAGCUACAUGUAGGCACAGUCUACCAUACCUUUAGUCUAAUCAAGAGAGACUUGUCCAAGUACGAUGGUCAUCCUCCAACAUUAUGUUUCAUCAGAUGUUGUCCAAGUGUCGACCGAAAGUGA